UCAUACUUUUUCGAAGUUCAUACACAUUUUGAUUCAUGUGUUACAUAUUUAAUUGAGGAUUUGACUUUAUUUAUAAUUUUUAAGUAUAGUAUUUUUUUUAAAUAUCUUAAACGUGAAUUUAAUUUAUAAUUUAAAAAAAUGAGACUCAUAAGUACGUUAUUUGGAAAGAUGGGUGAAUGGUCUAAAAAAUAUGCAAAUUUACCAGAUCGUUAUAUAGAUCGUAUUACAGAACGUGUAUAUUGGAAACCUCCACCCGGUAAACCGCAAUUUCUUCCACGUAAAAUAGUAUCAAGAAAGAAAUUGCAUUUUUCUAUACAUCGUCCCUGGACUACAAGUUUCAGUAUAGAAAAUUGGUUUAAAAAACGCCGAGAAUAUAUUCCAAUUGAACCUAUAAAAGAUUGGAGUUUUUUCCGUGGAGAUCGUGUAGAGGUAUUAACUGGUCCAGAUAAGGGAAAACAAGGAAUAGUGCAAGAUAUUAUUCAGGAAAGAAAUUGGAUUAUUGUACAAGGAUUAAAUACGAAGGCAAUAAUACGUGGAAAAAAGAAUGAUUUUCCAGGAGUUUGUCUACGCGUGGAACAACCAUUAUUAGUUACUAGAGAUGUACAAUUAGUUGAUCCUUUUGAUUUAAAAGGAACUUUUAUAGAAUGGAGAUAUACAGAAGAGGGAAAACGAGUGAGAGUAUCUAGUAGAACUGGUAGAAUUAUCCCAAUUCCUAUAAGUAGCAAAGAAACUGUAGAUUAUAAAUCUCCAGAAUUAUAUAUCGAGCAACCUAAAGAUACUAUCGAAAGUAAUGUAAAGGAAUUAACAUUCGAAGGAAAAUUGAAAACAUUUGAAAUGGAUAUUAUGGAUAAAAUGGGUAUUAAAGAAAAUCGCAAACCAAAGAAAUAUUAUUGGUAUUAAUUUUGUUGAACGUAUAAUUAACAUUUUACAAACAUAGUCUCCGAUGUAUAUAUAAAACUUUAUUUUAAAACGUUGUUAAAUCUGUGUUUUAUUUUAUUAUUAUUGCUGAAAAUUAUUUUAAACUUAAUCGAAAGAAAAAGAGCAACGAUCUAAUCACAUUGGAAAUAUUUAUGAAAUAAUAUACGAUAUCGAAGAGUUGAUCUAAUAACAUUUAGAAUAUUUAAUUGAUAAAAUAUUUAUAAUAUCAGUUUAUUAAAGAAUUUAUUAAAGACAA